UGCCUCUGUACCUGCCAUGGAAAUGACCAAUUGGUUCGACACCAAUUACCUCUUCAUCGUUCCUAAACUUGGACCUGAUGUUAAAUUCUCUUAUGCAUCUCACAAGGCGGUGGAUGAGUUCAAGGAAGCUAAGACGCUUGGAGUCAACACCGUUCCUGUCAUUAUUGGCCCUGUCUCAUACUUGUUGCUGUCUAAACCCGCAAAGGGUGUUGAGAAGACCUUUUCUCUUCCAUCUCUCCUCCCAAAAAUCAUCCCUGUCUACAAGGAAGUUAUAUCAGAGCUUAAAGUAGCUGGUGCUUCCUGGAUUCAGUUCGAUGAACCCACUCUUGUCUUGGAUCUUGAGUCUCACCAAUUGGAAGCAUUUACUGCUGCUUAUGCUGAUCUGGAAUUGACUCUUUCAGGCUUGAAUGUUCUGGUCGAAACUUACUUUGCUGAUCUUACUCCUGAGGCAUACAAGAUCCUCACCGGAUUGAAGGGUAUCACUGCUUAUGGUUUGGAUUUGGUUCGUGGAACACAGACUAUUGAAUUGGUCAAGAAGGAUUUCCCUAAGGGCAGACACCUCUUUGCUGGAGUUGUUGACGGAAGGAACAUUUGGGCCAAUGAUCUUGCUUCUUCUCUUAGCACCUUGCAGGCUAUUGAGGCUGUUGUUGGCAAAGACAACCUUGUGGUGUCCACCUCCUGCUCGCUUCUCCACACUGCUGGCGAUUUAGUAAAUGAAACUAAGCUUGAUGAUGAAAUCAAAUCCUGGCUUGCAUUCGCUGCUCAGAAAGUUGUUGAAGUUAAUGCACUUGCCAAGGCAUUGGCUGGUCACAAGGAUGUGGCCUUCUUCUCUUCCAAUGCUACUGCUCAGGUUUUGAGGAAGUCGUCCCCUAGAGUAACCAAUGAGGCUGUUCUAAAGGCUGCAAGUGUUUCCCAAGUGAUUGCUCUGUGGCUGCUGCUUUGAAGGGCUCCGAUCACCGUCGUGCAACAAAUGUUACUGCUAGACUCAAUGCACAGCAGAAAAAGCUUAGCCUACCAAUCCUACCUACCACUACCAUUGGAUCCUUCCCUCAAACUGUGGAGCUCAGGAAAGUUCGUCGUGAAUUCAAGGCUAACAAGAUCUGAGAGGACGAUUACGUUAAAGCCAUGGAGGAGGAAAUUAAGAAGGUUGUCGACCUUCAAGAACAAAUCGAUACUGAUGUCCUAAUUCAUGGAGAGCCUGAGAGAAACGACAUGGUUGAGUACUUUGGCGAGCAGUUGUCUGGUUUUGCUUUCCCUUUUAAUGGGUGGGUGCAAUCUUAUGGAUCCCGUUGUGUCAAGCCACCGAUCAUCUAUGGCGAUGUUAGCCGCCCCAAGCCAAUGACUUUUUUCUGGUCAUCUGCGACUCCAAGCAUGAUGAAGUGAAUGCUUACCGGUCCUGUUACCAUUCUCAAUUGUUCAUUUGUAAGAAAUGAUCAACCCAGGACCCCAGAUUCGAAACUUGCUACCAGAUUGCCUUGGCCAUCAAGGACGAAGUUGAGGAUCUCGAGAAGGCCAGUAUCAAUGUUAUCCAAAUCGACGAGGCUGCUUUGAGAGAAGAGCUGCCGCUAGGAAGUCCGAGCACAGCUUCUACUUGAAAUGGGUUGUCCACUCCUUUAGGAUCACCAACUGUGGUGUCAAGGAUACCACCUAGAUCCACACCCACAUGUGCUACUCCAACUUCAUCGAUAUCAUCCACUCCAUUAUCGACAUGGAUGCUGAUGUCAUCACCAUCAAGAACUUGUCGC